GCGCCCUCAAUCACUCACGUGUUCAAUUUAAAGCCCAUUCCCGCGACUUUUGUUGUGUCUUGUAGUUUUUGUUGCACAACUUGUAGCGUUGUGUUAAUGCUUUUGUAGGAUGAAUACUCGGAAGAAGUUGACAUUUAACGGCGGUAAAUCUUAUGGGUGGAUUGGACCACAGUUGAAAGAAAAGUCGCGGCGUGGCAAGACGUAUUAUGGGGGCUUGAGCAUUGCUGGUGAGGGGAUCAAGGUCGGUGAUUAUGUCUUCAUCGAUGGCGAGGACGAAGACCUGAGCUACGUGGCAAAAAUCAUUGAGCUCUUUGAUAAUGGGGACACAGAUUCCAACGAUCAUCGUCGCGCCUCGGUGCAGUGGUUCAUGCGACCCAAGGAGAUGCAGUCACUCAUACGAGGCCGGCAGUUGCCCGAGGGCGCUGUUCUCUCCAGCACCAACGAGGUCUUUGCGUACAUGGUGAAAUCGGACCGGAUCACCGAGCGAGAGAUCGAUGCGGAUACGAUUCUUGGCAAAUGCGAGGUAGUUGCAGCACCGCCAAACGCACCCCUGCCGAAGACCACCAGCGCAGAACUGCCAGUGCUGUACGUUCGCUGGCUGUUUGACGGGAACCAGUUUAAGCCGGUAAUGGAACCCAAAAAGGUCAACGGUGUCCGGAAAGAUCCGGACGUGAAUACUGGCAAGACGCCAAGCAAAACACCGGGCAAGAAACAAGAGGUCAAGGAGCAAGUGUCAAAGGUCAACGGCACUGGGAAUUUGGAGAAAGCUAAAGAAUCGGCCAAGUCAAAAACUCCGAAAAAUGACAUCAAGUCACCAGGACAACGCCUGAAUAUCUCCGACGUCGAGUUAAUCGACGAACUCUUCAGUUCAGAUGAAAGCAAUGACUUCGUCAAUUUCAUCAAGUUUCCCGAAACCACGCCAAGUCAGAAAGGUCGUGGGAGCCGUGCUGUCGCCUCCGUUUCCGUUUCAACUGCCAAAAAGACCCGCUUCAGCGAAGCAACGGAUUUCCUUUCCAAGCCAAAGAUUUGCGUCAAGAAGAUGAACAUCGCAUCCGACUCCGUAACAUCCAAAUCCUUCACAAGAAUGAAAGCGUUGUCAGAGCGAAAGCGAAAACCUCCGAACGGCACUCAUCCUGACGUCGAUUUGACGGACUUCAACGUGAUACCAACGUGGAAGGCGACCGGCAAGAACAGACUAUGCAAAUCAGAAAGUAAAAACAGAAAUCGGACCGUCGAUAAAGCACAGACUCAGUGCGAUGGGCUCCUACGGGGCCGGAAAACCCCUCGAAGAAAUUCAGUGAAGAAGAUUAUAUUUGAAGACGAAGCUGAUGAUGAAGAUGUUUUCGAAGAUGUAAAAACUUCAAGACGGAUGAAAGAUGUGUCUUGUGAAGAAGACCUGAGACGGAAAACACCAAAGAGAAAGUCUCUGUCGACAAGGAAGUUGCAAGGUGACAACGAUCUUAGGGAAGAACCGACAAAACGAGGGAGGGAGAGGCAAAAGUCUACUACCAAGGUGACCCGAAAAGCCAAACAGCAAGUAGAGAGUGACGAAGAUCAAGAUGAAUCUGAUGAGGACAGCGAUUACGAAGAGUCUUCUAGUGAUGAGGAGAUUGCCAUCAAACGAAGGAAGACACCAGCUAAGAAAUCUGGAGGACGGAAGAGCAUUCAACCCAAGACUCCAGUCUCAGUUAGGUCAAAGGUCAAGGGUAAGACACCACGGAAGGACAUUGUGCCACACAUCACGGAGCGCCGCACACCGUGUAAGACACCGGCUAAGGUGUUGGAGCAUGCUAGAGCCAGACUGCAUGUGUCUGCAGUUCCUGACUCGCUGCCGUGCCGGGAACAUGAAUUUGACGACAUCUACACAUUUGUCAGGAGCAAGAUUCUGGACGGGACAGGAGGAUGUAUGUACAUUUCUGGCGUGCCCGGCACGGGCAAGACGGCAACCGUUACCGAGGUGAUGUCAUUCCUGAGGAAGGAGGUGGAAGAAGAUGAAGAUUUCCCAGAAUUCACUCUGGUGGAGAUCAACGGGAUGAAGCUGACGGAACCACACCAGGCAUUCGUGCAGAUUCUGAAGAACCUGACAGGUCAGAAAGCCACAGCCGAACACGCCUCACAGCUCCUGGAGAAAUACUUCACGUCUGCCGCCGGCAGGAAGCAACCCAUCGUACUCCUAGUAGAUGAGUUGGACCUGUUGUGGACCCGCAAGCAAGGCGUGCUCUACAGCAUCUUUGAUUGGCCCAGCCGGCCCAAAGCUCGUCUCAUCGUCCUGGCUAUCGCCAACACCAUGGACUUGCCCGAACGUAUCAUGAUGAACAGAAUAUCCAGCAGACUGGGUCUGACCCGAAUGACAUUCCAGCCCUACACUUUCAAGCAACUCCAGAGCAUCGUGCAAAGCCGUCUGGAAGGACUGCAAGCAUUCGAACCUGAUGCUAUCCAGCUAGCUGCUAGGAAGGUUGCAGCAGUGUCAGGCGAUGCCAGGAGAGCUUUGGAUAUCUGCCGCCGUGCCACGGAGCUGGCCGAGACCACUAAACCCACGGGGAAGAGCAAAGGCCCCCUGGUAGGAAUGAAACACGUCGAUGCCGCGCUGACUGAAAUGUUCAGCUCGCCCAAGAUCGUUGCCAUGAGGCAAGCCUCAAGACACGAGCAGAUCUUCCUGCGCGCCAUCGCCACGGAGUUCAAGAUGUCUGGCUUGGAGGAGGGAUCUUUUGAAAAGGUAUUGAUCCAGCACAUAUCCAUAUGCAGACUGGAGGGUUUGCACCCACCUGUAGUGUCUGAGGUUGCGGCCGUGUGUAGCAGGCUGGCGUCCUGUCGCCUGAUCCUUCUAGAGUCGGGCACCAAUGAGCUGAAGCAACGAAUCCGACUCAACGUCAGUCAGGAUGACGUGACGUAUGCACUCAGGGACCACAGUGAGUGACCACGGCGAGUGUCUACAGAGACCAUGGUGAGUGACCAUAGCUAGUGGCCAUGAUGAUGGACCAUAGUGAAAGAACCAUUGUGGGUGACCAUGGUUAGUGACUAUGAUGACCAAUCAUGAUGAGUGACCAUAGUGAAUGACUAUGAAAAGUAAUCAUGGUGAGCGACCAUAGUGAACUACUAUGAUAAGUAAUCACAGUGAGCGACCAUAGUGAGUGACCAUAGUGAAUGACCAUGGAAAGCAACCAAGCGCGUGACCAUUAUGAGGAACCAAGGUGAGUGACCAUUGUGACAGACAGUGGUUAGGGAAACCUUUUUUAGUAACCAUAAUGAGUGCCCAUGCAUGGUGAGCUUCCAUGGUGGCUGUGAUGAGCAACCAUGGUGAGCAACCAUGGUGAACAACCAUGGUGAGCAACCAUGGUGAGCAACCAUGGUGAACUGCCAGUGGUGGCUAUGUUAAACAACCUUGGUACAUGUAAGAGGCCAUGGUGACCAACCAUGGUGAACAGCCAUGGUGAGCUACCCAUGGUGAGCCACCCCGGUGAGCAACUAUAGUGAGAGAUUGGUGCGCUGAUGCAUUGACUCAUAUUCAGGACUAUGCUCAUAGCUUCUACAGUGAGUGAUCAUGGCAUUCAAAAGACUCACUGAAACUUGUCAAUGAGUAACCAUUGGAUGAGUACUUCUAGGCUCCCAGAACGGAACUCGGAAUACCGUUUGUGGCACAAACUUGAUCAUGAGCUUUCUUAAAACAAAAUGCAAUUUUACCAUAACCUUGUCUAUGCAAAUAGUCAUCAGUUUUUUCAGCAGUGUGAUUUUGUAUUUAUGAAUUUU